AAACCAAUUUCAAUACCUUCUCGCCUAUCCAGUGUCAUAAUUCUGGAGUGAUCUGUAUCUAUGUACAGUAGCAGAAUAAUUGCAAUGAAAAAUCUUCAGGUACAUGUCAUUUUGUUGACUCUGACGUGGAUUCAUGCAUCUGGCUUGAAGUCUUCCAUGGUCCUGAAUUACACAGGAGCGGAAGAAGGAAAUGCACACUUACAACCAAACACUUUUGUCAAAAAAUACACAAAUGAUAUACAAUCAUAUAGUAGAUCUCCAAGGUUAUCCACUUCCAGGAACACAGAUUUACUCAGGAAGCCUCAGAAUGAUCAGAACGUGGAGUCCUCACGACCCCCAGCCAGGAGGCUCGUGAAAGGGCAAAGACCAGUCCCACACAGGAAACUCAGCGCAACUGAUAGAAGUCCUGCUCAAAAACCUAAUUUUCAAUCUACUCCACUGGGCGCCACUAGCUCCAUUAACAUCCUGGCUGGCUUUGCAGGUAAAAACCGCGUGCUGGUCAUUUCGUCUCCCAACGACUCUGAUGGCUAUUACAGGUUAAUGAUGACCUUGCUCAAGCCUGAUGUAUACUGCGAGAUGGCGGACAGACACAUGCAGCAGAUCAUAAUAUUUCAUGAAAAGGGGAAGAUGGGAGGCAAGGUGAGACGAGUUAGCAAUCAGGGAUCUCUGGUGGAGGAGCCACUGGAUCCAGCCCUGGUGCCAAGACUGAUGGGCUUCCUGAAGCUGGAGGACGGUAAAUUUGGAAUGGUGCUUCUAAGAAAAACCCUUCAGGAAGAGGAAAGAUACCCAUACCCUGUUCAGCUGGAUGCAAUUUAUGAAGCCGUAGACCAGGCACCUAUGCGUAGACUGGAGAAGUCCAGGCAAAAGGGCUUUGUGCAAAAGUGCAAGACUGCUGGAGUUGAGGGCCAGGUGGUGCAGUCUGUUGGCUCAAAUGCAGUUGGUUUGCAACCACAGGUAAACAUGGCGGAAAAUACCAGGCGACACAAGGUAAAACCGGUCCCUCAGCCCACCCAGAUAACUCAGGCACAAAUAUCAACUACCAUCAGGACAACUACAAUGACUACAACCACAAAACGUUCAACGACUACCUUGAAAACUACAACCUCAAAACCUUCAACUACAACUACUAUAACAACCACUGCACCCUCUACAACUAUUUUCCCCUCAACAACAAUUACUAUUACUACAAAUAUACCCACCAGAGUGGAGCAAAUACAUCCACACACAACUGUACCCUGGCACACAUCUGUUCCCAAUACCUCUGAACGUGUCUACCGGUCCCCACCAAGGGACACAACUACUCAUCUCUUUGUUACCUCAAACUUCUACAAACAACAUAAAGAAAAAUACCUAGACCACACGCAAAAGAUUUCAACUGCAGUCUCACCAACACAAGCAUCCAUACAGAGGCCCAGGGACAAACUGCCUGUGGUGAAACAUGGAUGGAGUAAAAAGCUUAGUCAGCACAGCAGAGAACGUGAAACUCAGAGGCCCAUUGCUAAUAACCCAGAGACAAAACUUAUGACCACCCAAAAGGGCAAAACUAAACCUGACAGUGCCGACGGGAGGAAGAAGAUGGAUAGAAAUAAAAAGCCUUUAAAGAAGAUACCUGCAGGGAAAAAAGACUCAAAAGUGACUAAGGAGACAAAUGUCAGUGUUCAAAACAAAAAAGCACAAAAGCCAGAUGUCUUUGAAGAAAGGGCUGUUGUGGAUCAGGCAGCGAAUCCCAAGAAAUCGUUAGACACUUUUUUGAGUUAUUUUCAGAGAAGGCGACGACUCAUGAUCAUUACUGCUCCAGAUGAGCAGAAUCACAUGUACAGUGAACAGAGGGAUGAGUACCUGGAGCAAGUUUGUGAUAUGGCACUACGGAAAAUUUCCAUCAUCAGCAUCUUUGGGCCGCUCACAAACAGUAACAUGAAGAUUGAACACUACCAGACAGAAAAGGAUAAGCCCUUGCAGGGCCUGCCGGACAGUGACCUCAUCAACCAAGACCUCAUCACAGCAUUUCGGAAGCAUUUUGGGAUGAUUUAUAAUGAUUUCAACAUGGUGUUGACUGACUUUGACAUGAUAGUCAAGCAACGAUACGAAGUGCCGAUUGUCAUGAAAGCAGUGUUUGACUACAUUGACACAUUGUCAACCCGCAUUAAAGAAAUAGAACAGCAGAGGAAACUUGCAAUUAUGUGCAAGAAAGAAGAUAAAUCAAGAUCUCUCGAGGACUUCCUAUCUAGAUUCCGCUGGAGGCGGAGACUGUUUGUAAUAUCCACCCCCACUGAUGAAGAAUGGGCCUAUCAGCAACAGCUCUACACCAUUAGUAGCCAAGCCUGCAAUCUGGGCCUGCGUCAUAUAUCUCUAUUGAAACUUGUUGGAAAAAUCCUGGAUGACAUGAGUGGAGUCCUGGAGCUUUAUCCAAUAAAUGGAAGUUUAUCAGUGGACCGUGAGGACCUGUCUGCAUCGCUGGUGCAGGACAUCAGGAACUACUUUCAGAUCAGCCAAGAGUAUUUCUCCAUGCUGCUUGUCGGGAAAGAUGGCAAUGUGAAAUCCUGGUAUCCCUCCCCUAUGUGGUCCAUGUCAAUCAUUUACGAGCUGGUCGACUCCAUGCAGCUUCGCAGGCAGGAGAUGGCCAUCCAGCAGUCUCUCGGCAUGCGCUGCCCUGACGAUGAUUAUAGUCAUCAUGAUGGUUACCAUGAGGGCUAUCAUCGUGGUUAUGGAUAUUAAGAACAGAGGGGAAUGACUUCGAGCCAGUGCACUCUCUACUAGGAAAAGUGUGAAUAGUUUCAAAUGUCAAAAAAAACUUUGCCUUUGUGUUUUUCUUACUAACUACUACUAUGGACAACUCUCACUUUACUAUUUUGUGGUAGCUGAUAUUUAGAUAUGCUCUUGACAUGAAGUAGAUGAUUUCAGAUUGUUGUUGAUUAUUGACUUUUCAUUACAUGAAUGUAUUUGCAUGUGGGUAUACGUUGUUUUUUUUUUGUGUAUGUUUACGAAGUAACAAUAAUAAACUUUAAAUUCCAAUAAAGAAAAAACAAA